UUGAAGGCUUAAUCCCAGGCGUCAGUUCAGUCUCUUUGCCGUGUCAUGACGUAAACUACCCUUAUUCUUGAAAACUGAGCGUUUUGCACCGGUGUCGUCUGCUACUACCCAGUCUUCUGCUAGUUGUUGGGGUUGUUCGGUUCAGCAGAUGUGAGGCUUUGAAAUCAAGCCGACUUCGACAAGACUUGAAGAUUGCUGGGUGACAAGCCAUGGCGAUUCACAUUCAAAGCCGUGGCCUUAAGGGCUUAAGUCGGUUUCUACUCAAUUCUAGUAAGCUUUCCUAUACUAGAAUCUGUUCAUACUAUCAUCAGCAACAGAUAUUAAAAAGAGAAGAAGAUAACGAUAUUCUCCCUAACCUCACACCUAUGGAAUCACUUCAUGAAAAGGUCAUGCGAGGUGAAUUAAUGCAAGAUGAACACCAGUCACUCGUCAUGCAAAGCUUAGAGAAAGUGUACAAUGACAUAAAGUCAUACCAACCUGCAGAAUCUUCAGUCUUUGACAGAUGGUUUGGUAAAGAGAAAAAAGUGACAGCUCCCAAAGGACUCUACUUGUAUGGAGCAGUUGGAGGUGGUAAAACAAUGCUCAUGGAUGUAUUUUAUAGUUGUUGCCAGAUUGAUGGAAAGCGCAGAGUACAUUUUAAUGCUUUUAUGCAAGAUGUCCAUGCCCGUAUUCAUGAAGUGAAGAAACACGUUGUGCGGGAUCAUUCAAGUACAAAACCACAACCAUUUGAUCCCAUCCGACCUGUAGCCAGAUCUAUCUCUAACCAAUCAUGGCUGAUUUGCUUUGAUGAAUUUCAAGUAACCGACAUAGGAGAUGCAAUGAUUUUGAAACGACUAUUUACUGAACUGUUCGAUAACGGAGUAGUUGUAGUAGCCACAAGCAAUAGAGCUCCUGACGACUUGUACAAGAAUGGUUUGCAGCGCUCUAAUUUUGUUCCAUUUAUCCAAGUUUUGAAAGACCAUUGCAAUGUUCUAAGUCUAACAUCAGGCAUUGAUUAUCGACAAAGGUCUACUCCAGGCAAAGAAAAGAAUUUCUUUGUCAAAACUGAAGUUAACGCAAAUGUUGAAAUGGACAAAAUCUUCAAGUACCUGUGCUCCAUGGAAAAUGACAUUAUUCGCCCUCGAACUCUAAAUAUUAUGGGACGCAAUGUGCAGUUUAACAAAACCUGCGGCCAGGUUUUGGACUGCACAUUCUCUGAGCUAUGUGAAAGGCCUCUUGGUGCAAGUGACUAUCUUCAACUCUCGCAAGCAUUCCACACUAUUUUUAUUCGAGAUGUACCCCAAUUGAACUUGAAAAAAAAAUCUGAAGCAAGACGAUUUAUUAUGCUAAUUGAUACUCUUUACGACCAAAGAGUGCGGAUUGUUGUUAGUGCUGAUGCUCCAUUGAAAUCCAUGUUUGUGGCUGAUGAUGAACCAAGUGACAUUGAUGACUCUUCCCGAAUGCUAAUGGACGAUUUGGGAAUAUCUAAGGGAUCGGAAAAUGCUUCUGCAAAUAUAUUUACUGGUUACGAAGAAAUGUUUGCUUUUGAUAGAACUGUAUCUCGGCUAAGUGAAAUGCAGUCAGCAGAAUAUUGGGAAAUGUGGGAGAAGCAAAGAUAAAUUCAUUAUCAUUGCAAUUGUAAAAUAGUAUUAAACACUAUCCAUAUAUUUGUAUAAACUUCAAUUUGUAUAUAUCUGUGUAAAAAUGUCUGUGAUGUAGGCACUGCUCAUCAAUAUUGUUUCUGUCUUAUUUAUAUCAGAAACUAACAAAGUAAACUGAACAGUUAGGUUGAUUUGAUGCUUAUGUGCCUUAAGAUAAUUAACCUGCAAUUUUAUUCUUCUAAUUUAUUAGAUGUUCUCACCAGAACUUCUACGUGUAAAUAAAAUAUUUUUUCAGAAGA